AAUCACCUAUUAGGUCUAAAGAUAUUGUUGAAGAUAUUAAUAUUAAACAAGAAAUGGAUAAAAUUACAAAAUUACCUGAUUUACCAGAAUCACUAUUAGAAGAUAUCAGAAGUUUUGUUAGUAGUUUGUUAAAAUUUCCACCACCUAAUGAAGAAUUAUCAUAUGAACAAAUCCAAUCAUUUUAUGAGAUUGUAUAUUCUGAAAUGGAAGACCCAAUUGAAUUAAAUGAGAAAAUGAACAGUAUAGAGAAAUAUGUAACCACU